UCCAUUUUAAAAUAUAGUGCGCCUGCGCUUCCCAAGGUCCAAUUUUGACCAUAAAUUUAACCAACAAGACCGACUACGGUGGAAGAAAAAAUUGUAUAAUUGAAAACUUCUUUCAAAUACGAAUUCACUGAUAUAACUUUUGCUUCCGCCGCAAUCGGUCUUGGUAGUUAAAUUUACGGUCAAAGUUGAAGCACGAGGAUAGAGGAAGCACUACAACGUGGAAUGGAGGGAGUAGAAAAGACAUAUAAAAAACUAAAAAAAUAGAAAAAUGAGGCCCGUCAAGGUCAGCGGGUCGGACAAAUCCCCAAUCGCUGGAAAACCCUAGCCCCCAAAUCGUGACUCCGAUCCCCCAUCCCCAGCCACCGGCGACCGCAUCCCUCUGCUCCGGCUUCCAUGGAGCCCGUGCCGGAGCAUCGGCAGCUAAAGCUCUCCGACGCCGCCGCUGGAGGUGGCGAGGACCGGCUCAGCGCGCUGCCGGACGACCUCCUCAUCCACAUCCUCCUCAAGCUCAGGGACGCCCCCGUCGCCGCUCGGGCCAGCGUCCUCGCACGCCGCUGGCGCCGCGUCUGGGCUCUCCUCCCGGAGCUCCACUUUCCCUUCGGCACUGACCCCGACGGCAUACGCGCCGCCCUCGCCGCCCACGAUGCGCCGGCCCUCCGCCACCUCUUCGUUGACGCCAUCGAGGGUGAGGCCGCCCCCGAAUCCGCCGCGGCGUGGCUCCCCAUCGCCGCGGGCCGCCUCUCCGGUGUCCUACAUCUACAUCUUCAGAAUUGGCUAAACAUGUACGGCGUGUCCGCCGCGGCCUCUCCCUUGAAGCUGCCUUGCUUUCAGAACGCAACCGAGAUGAUACUCGACCUAGGUCUUACUGGCCUCACCCUGCCGCCUUCCGGCGUAUUUACCCGGCUCACCGAUCUUUGGCUGCGCGACAUCCAGCUUCAUGGCUCGUGUAGCCUCAGUGACGUCGUGUCUUCACGACGGAGUCCAUCUUUGCAGCACCUUUCCCUUUGCCGUGUGAGUGGUCUGGAUAAUUUCACAAUCCACUCGGAGUCACUCGUAAAAUUGGAGCUGAGGGAUCUGAGCUUGCAGCAGCUCAAUGUUGUUGCGCUCGUUCUGCAAACGCUACUAGUAUGCAAUUGCUUCACCAAUAUUCAAAGUCAACCGGUUGCCAACAUCUCAGCCCCUCAGCUCGUGACACUUGAUUGGAGGAGUUUCUAUGAUCCUAGCUCCAUCCUGCUUGAUGAGAUGCCACAUCUCCAACAGCUGACCACCAAUCCUCUUUUUGCAUAUGGACCAGAUGUGAUUUCUACAGAAAAUCGUCAUUGCUCGAUGCUUCUGCAGCAUUUUGACCACAUCAGCAGACUUUAUCUGAGCCUUAUCUAUCCACGGAUGUCGAUCGAAUGUGACAACGGAUUCUUGAUUGAAGAUAUGACAAAGUUUCCUAACAUUACCAGCUUGGCAUUGCUUGUAAUGGCGUGUGGACAUUCCUUUGGAGCCAGCUUAUUCCAUGUUCGAGCUUAGACUUCUCGACAGGCGAAGCGAAUUGGAGACACACUCUCCGUGCCAAUCAGCUUGCAUUUGUGCUGAGCCAUCAAACUGGGAAACCGAUGAACUCGAACUCCAUUGCCUUAAUGAAGUAGAAAUCCAUGGCCUGAAAGGAACAGAACAUGAAGUCGCCCUUGUGAAAAGGUUAUGCAACUGGACAACAAUGCUAAAGAAGAUGACACUAAAUUUUCAUGUGUCAAUGACUGAGAGCAAGGGCAAAGAGCUCCUCCAGCUGUUAAGGAGCUUCUCUAGGCCCGGAAUAUGUAUGAAGUUCCUGCAUCGUGGAAAAGCGUGUUCAUUUGACUAGCGCACCAACUUUGUCGCUUUGCAGUGGUUGUCAGUUCAGCGCAACCUACUUUUGUGAGACUGAACUUGGGUAAUUUGUGUGAGUCCAACAACUUGUUUGUUUCCAGUAUUUCUGACACUGAAUUCUUGUAACUUGUUUAAUUCUACACUUGUUCAACUCUAGCAACUUGUUUAAGACUUCUUCAGUAUUUGUGAGGCUUAAGUGUACUAACUUGUUCAAUCCUAGGAUGAUUAGGAUUGGACUCUGAUGU